UAACAAAUGAACAAAGGAGACAAAGCAACAAAAGAUCUUCUUUCGCAUCUAAAUACCAACAAUCAAUUGAACAAAAUUCUAUAUGAUUCUUCUAGUCCACCCCAUAAUAAGCACCAGUAUAAACAUACUAUGAAUACCCCAAAUUCAAUCAAAAACAUGAGAUUAAAGGACAGGAAUAAACUUACUUCUACUCACAAUGCGAAAGGGAUUCUGAAAAAUAUUAAUACUCAGAAUUCAUCUAAAGCAAUGGGAUUCAAAUAAGCAUAAAUAAAAUUAAAGGUUUUACAUCUGCAGGAUUCAGUAAAAAGUUUAUAAAAUCAAAGGAUCACAACAUUCUCAUAGGAAAAUACUCUUUCCCCAACACGUCCUUUAAACUUCAAAAUACUUCCUUAAGAAACUCAAAGCAAAGCUCUGGUUAUCAGGUUUCUCCCAAAGACCAGGUUUUGGACAUGAAUAAUAAGGACAUUAGGUCAUUCCUUAACAACAAUAGUAUCAAGUGAGGUAAAAUAGAGCCUCUGGGACUUCCUGACCUUCGAAGUACCCCUGAUCCAGAGUCUAACCAGCUGACCAAGAUGAGUAGUAUUAAUAAUCUAUGCACAACUCAGUACACUUCUUGUUCGAAGUACAGGUCUUCUCUCUUUGCAAAGCUCAGACCUCCUGCUAAAGCCAUUCUUGCUUGAGUAGACUUUGUCAAGGAUAAUGCUUCUAGAAGUAAAGAGAGAAAGGAAAUCAGAGAAAGAGUCAGAGCAAAGAUCAGAACCAGAGUAGAUAGAGAGUGAGAUCUCUAUAACAAGACCAUCGUAGACAAUAUUAUUAAGAACAGAGCAACUCAUGUCACUUCUAACUUUAAAGAUUACUUAGUCUAUGAUGAGCCUAUCGAGUUUUUGAAGAGAUAUUAUCGAAUAAAAGAUAUGUCAAAAAGACUUAGUAAUCUGACAAAAUUUCAUAAUGUAUACUUUAAAGUCUUCCCGAAUUACAUUGUGUUCCCUGAAAAGCACUAUAUGUACAAAAACAUUGAGCGAAAGCAAAGAGUCAUAGAUGACAAGCAGUACUGUAAGAUGCUAAAUUCUCAGAGCAAAUAAAUACCCAAUGCUCAAGAACAAAAGCUAUUCCAAAUUAUUUAACAAGUCUUAUCUUCACAAUAUUUCUGAUUUCAAUGAGGUUUUUAAGAAAGAACAAGAAGAGAUGUCUGAAGAAGAUCUUUGGAAACUUUUAAAUCAGAAGAAACCAAAUCUUGCUUCGAGCUAUAGUAAACAAUCAGUAGUUUUGGCGAAAGAAGAGUCUAAAAAUACUCUUGAAUGAGCUUUAAGUAAUGUGAAUACAAGCUUAAUGGAGAUGGGAAAUGAAGAUAUUGAUGGAGUUUCAAAUUUAUCAUUCUGAAAAUCAAGAAUAGGUUCUUAUAGAAUGGACAAUCAAACAAUGCAACAAAACGUUGAUCUUGAAUUUCAGAAGCCACAAACAGCCAUAAAAAACUCAGUUGCUGUUCUAAAACGUAAAAGCCGCCCUCCAACUAUUCCUAAUAGCAAAGUAGGUACUACUAACACUUCAAAAAUGGAAUACGAAGAAAUCAUAAAACCAAACAAAUCAAUUCAUUCCAAAGCUCUUCCAAUAGAAAUAUCUGGAUCCUUAUUAACUUCAACUCCAAAGAAAAAGCCAAAACUUUCAAAAUAAAAAGAAAUCUUUCUGUAAAUCUACCGACAAGUCACUAAAGGACUACAAAAUCAUGAACAAAAAUAAAGCAAACUCUGAGAAAUACAAUUCAGCUGAUGUCAGAGAGUCCUACUCAAAUCUAAAGGCAAAACUGAAGCAGAUUACUAGGGCAGGGAUAUCUUCUCAAUCUCAGCCCCUAAACUUCAGACUAAGCAAGACAAUAGGCCCAUUACAGAAUAGCACGAUAAAGCAUUUCAAAAACAAAAAUACUGAAAUAUACUCUAUCAAGAAACUGUGAAAGUCAAGUGAAGUUUGAAAGAAUAAUUCUAGGAAUUACGGAGUAAAGAACGUGGCCAAGAACAUCUCCAAACCUAAGGGCAUAUAUAAGAAGAGUAAUGAGAUUAUUGAUUUGAGGUCAAAAGACCAUUUUAUUUCCUUUAAAACCAAAGAUCAAAUGGAAUCAGAUAGACCAAAUGAAAACAUUCUCAUUUUUAACAAGAAGAAGGCUAAAAAUUACAAUAAUAGAAAGAGACUGAAGAACAAACGUUUGCUAUCGAGCUUAGUUUCUCAGAAUGUUAAUUCAAAGGGAGAUAAAUCUCACUGUCAAUCUUAUAUAAAAAAUCUGAAGGUUAUUCAUGAAAAACCUUCUACUAAUUUCUCCAGGCACUUUAGAAUGAAAUCUAUUGAUUAUACCACCCAGAUGAACAACAAUUCCUCAUCCAAAUAAAUCAGUGAAGGCUAGGAAAAAUGAUAAGAAGCAGAGAAAGAGUGUUUCAGCAUUCAAGGAGUUAGAGAAAACUAUUCAAAGAGCUAAGAAGAAGUCAAAAAGACAGCUCUCAAAUUCCAAACAUCUAUUUUAUAAGGAAUCUAGAAGAAGUUUUGAUGUAUCAGACCAGAUGGGCAAACUCAUGAUGUACAAGAGUAGUAAAAAGUCAAUCAAAUCAAAGAAGUCAACUGGAUCUCACAUCGGGAAAAGAGAUGCUUCUUCGAAACUAAGUAAGCAUAUAGAAGAAACUUUUUGAUAUAAAAAUGUUCAAGAGAAGAAAAAGCCGAACUUACGAAAGGUGAAAUCGAAGAACUCAAAUCUUCCAUUACCAAUUAUUAAUUUUAAGCAGUACUAAAUAUUUUCCAGAUCAA